CCGCAACUGACAGUCCACCAAAACGACGUAGACGGUUAGUUCUGGACUUAUUCUCUUAAAAUCUCCUCCCCCUCCAUUUCUCUCUUUCAGAAAGAAAGAACGAGAAAAUGGUGAAGCUGACUUUGCUUUGCUUCCUGCUUCUCUCCCUUGUUCUCAUAUCUCACGCCAGAUUUCCCGACGACAAUCUCCAUCUCGAGAGGUCGAGUUUCCCGUCCGUUCAGGCCGAUAAAAUGAUUAGAGAGCUGAACUUGUUCCCGGAUAAGGACAUCAACGUCAUCGACGGUGGUGAUGGUGAUGGUGGUCUUGUUUCCGGAGAGAAGAGGAUCGUGGAAAAGCGGUUUAGGUUUCGGAAUGUAGUUGGUGGUUAUGAUAGUGUUUCUGUCGAUGAUUUAGGCCACCACGCUGGUUAUUACAAGAUUGCCAAUUCUCACGCUGCUAGGAUGUUCUACUUCUUCUUUGAAUCACGCAAUAGUAAGAAAGACCCAAUUGUUAUCUGGUUGACCGGAGGACCAGGGUGUAGCAGUGAGUUGGCUAUGUUUUAUGAAAAUGGUCCUUUCACUAUUGCAGACAAUUUGUCUCUUGUGUGGAAUGAGUAUGGUUGGGAUAAGGCAUCAAAUCUUCUGUAUGUUGAUCAACCUAUAGGGACUGGAUUCAGUUAUAGUUCUGAUAGACGUGACAUUCGUCACAAUGAGGAGGGAGUUAGUAAUGAUCUAUAUGACUUCUUACAGGCCUUCUUUGCAGAACAUCCUGAACUUGCAAAGAAUGACUUUUAUAUAACUGGAGAAUCAUAUGCCGGCCACUACAUUCCUGCUUUUGCUGCUCGAGUUCAUAAAGGGAACAAAGCUAAAGAAGGGAUUCAUAUAAAACUGAAGGGAUUUGCUAUUGGCAAUGGGCUUACAGAUCCUGGAAUCCAGUACAAAGCUUACACAGAUUAUGCAUUGGAUAUGGGGUUAAUUACAAAAGCUGAUCAUGAUCGUAUCAACAAAGUGGUUCCAGUGUGUGAAAUGGCAAUAAAGCUUUGUGGCACCGAUGGUACACUCUCUUGUAUGGCUUCAUAUUUUGUUUGCAGUACCAUAUUCAGUAGCGUCUUGACGCGUGCUGGUGAUAUAAAUUACUAUGAUAUCAGAAAGAAAUGUGAGGGGAGCCUCUGCUAUGACUUCUCAAACUUGGAGAAAUUUCUGAACCUGAACUCUGUUAGGGAAUCACUUGGUGUUGGGGAUAUAAGCUUCGUAUCCUGUAGCCCUACAGUGUAUCAGGCCAUGCUAAUGGACUGGAUGAGAAAUCUCGAAGCUGGCAUUCCUGCCCUUCUUGAGGAUGGAAUCCAUUUGCUUGUGUAUGCGGGAGAAUAUGAUCUUAUCUGCAACUGGCUUGGAAAUUCAAGAUGGGUUCAUGCUAUGGAGUGGUCCGGUCAGAAGGAGUUUGUAGCAUCUCCUGAAGUUCCUUUUGAGGUUGAUGGUUCCGAAGCCGGAGUUUUAAGAAGUCACGGGCCUCUUGCUUUUCUCAAGGUCCACGACGCAGGGCACAUGGUUCCUAUGGACCAGCCCAAGGCUUCAUUAGAGAUGCUGAGUCGGUGGAUUAAAGGCUCACUGUCCAAAGCCAUAGCAUUGACCGAAGCCGUAGCUGAUGAAGGGAAACUGGUUGCUGAGUUAUGAUUCGUUAUCGUUUCGCCUUAAAUGCUACGGCAUCAGCCACUUAGUUGUUUCCUUUGUUUCCAGAAUGUGCUUGUAAAUAUUUGCUGUUGGUUUUUUUGACAAGAGUUACUAUAUAAUGCGAGUCUCUUGAUGGAUUUAAAAGGCACCAAGUGGUUGAAUCAAAUAGAAAAUGCUUAGGGUCAUCACUUCUGAUGUCUGUAUUAGCUGAAAUGAUGGUUGUCUAAUGUUACUUAUUUAACUCCCAUCAUGAUAUUUAUAAUUUGCUCCUAAUACAAUAUAUCAUAAAAUGAAAUAAAAUUCAAGGUUUUUUGUUGA